CUAAAUAAUAUGUGCCCAUCUAUCCAGAGAAGACCCAGUGAAAUGGGUUGAGAAUUCCUGCCCCAUACACAAUGCCCAUAUAGACAAGUGUGCUUGCAUACAGUGUGUUAAUUGCAAGACUUAAUAUUUCAUAUUCUAUAGAAGUGGAAAUUGUGAACACUGGUUAAUAGUAAUAAGAAAGAUAUAUUUUCGUGUUUCUGUUUUUCGGUUUGUUUUGUUUUUCUGACUGUGCCAUUUACAAUUGGUAACUUGGUGUAUUUUGUAUUUAUUUUAGGUUGCAUCCAAACCACCUUUUUCGAAACCUGGCACAGAAGACAGGAUUGUAUGGUCAGGGUGGUUCUGUUGUACUUUUGGGGACGAUGACGUUUUAGAAAUGUUACCAGAAGCCAUGGUUUGCCUACCUUUAUUCCUCGUGCAUGGAGCAGAAACUCUCACUGCUGUAGUAGGCAGUUGGUUUCAAAAGUCUUUUGACUGUUGUUUUGGUAAAUUGCCAAUCAGUUCCCGGGAUCUUGCAUGGAUGACUGCCUUGUGGGCAGGUUGUGAAAUGCAUGAAUACGUUGCAGCCACUGAGUUGGUCUUCUCUGUGCCAGUUGAACCACACAUGGACAUUUCUUAUGCCAUCCACCCAGAAGAUUUCAAAUCCCUUUGGAGUGACAUAAACAAAGGUCAAGAUGAAGUAACAGCUGAGGAGGUGGAUAUUUUAUUCCAUGGCCUUUAUAGCCACUUUUUUAGACAUUUCAAAAUUCACUUGUCUGCAACACAACUUGUAAAGGUGUCAACAUCCGUAGCUUCAGCACAUUGCGAUGGGAAAAUAAAGGUGAGUGCUUCACAUGCAUUGAUUGUGUUGUCAUGACCUGGUAGUAUGCAUAUGGCAAUGUUGACAAAUGUAUAUCUCCAUUAUGACAACUUCCACAGGAGCAUUACAAUCCAAGAAACAUGUCACAUGUCAACAUUAGACAGCAAAAAUGCAACCAAUUUUAUUAGAACUCUAAGACCGCAUAAAAUCAUUGCUAACUUGGUUAUUUUUAUAAUUUAUUUUUCUUCUAUUUCAUGUCAUAAUAUUACACCUGUCUUGAACUCAAUGUCAUUUUGUUUUCUUGUCUCUGCAGUUCCUCUCUAAAGAACAUCUGGUCAGAGUUCUUGGCCUUCUCACAGAAUUAGCGAUGAAUAAUAUCCAGUAUUAAUGCAGGAACUGCAUGUGUGUCAUUAAAGACUUCAGUGUCACACACUCUAAUGUUCUGUAGUCAGUACGACAGGUUCUGUGAGCAGUCUGUAAACAUUAGUCAUCGUUCUGUGGAUGCCGGGCAAUGAAAGCACAGUCUGGUUGUGCUGUCACUUUUUAACACCAUGAAUACCCCUGGAGGACUUCAUUUUUUUCCAAUGAUGUAGACCAGCUAACUUCAAGCACUUUUAUGGAUGGGGGGGAGGGGGAGAUAACUUUUGUUAUAUUAAUGUAUUUUCUACUGAUGAAUUAAAUAAAAUCCAUUCUAAUUGUUUGAUGAAUAAUUGCUCUGACUCAGAAAACCAGUUGCUAAAAGAUGUAUUUCAUAAAAUCAGAAAGCUGCUGGUCUAAUGAGAUUGAGUUUGAUUUGCUUGUAAAUGCGAAGACCUGCAUAUCUUGUAAAUUGGGUUUCACAUGUAAGUUAAAGGAUCACUAUAAUGUCAGGAAAACAAACUCGGCUGCGCAGGUCCCGCAGACUCACACCCUGGCACCAUGCACUCACCCAUGGCCCUCAUGGACCUAAACACUGGAGGGGUGGGUGAAAGUGGAGACACCAUUCCUGCAAUGGCAUGGUCUACCACAGGCCCUCCAGGGAAUAGGCUGAAAGCCAAGCGAACACGGACAGACAUGGCAUCCAAAGGCUGAGAUCCAGAACCAACUGCGCAUAUAAUCUACUAUGACUGUUAUGGUUUGUCCUUUUAUUUUACUUUCUUUUGUUAACAAUGUGAUAAUACUCUGCCACCAUAAUAUCCCCCUGGAUAAGCUCAUGGCUAACGUCAUUAAGGCUUCUAUGCUAGCCUCGAGGUCACCUACAACCCAAUAUGGCUCCAGUGGUCUAAAUUUACUCACUCUCAGAUCCGCCACUAAUUUAUCAGCUUAACGCCUUAAAGGAUCACUAUUGGGUCAGGAAUACAAACAUGUAUUCCUGACCUUAUAGUGAAAACCCACCAUUUAGGUGGCUUGUGACCUCCC